GAUUACGGUCGGUCGCAGACAGACGUCUUCUGUGAAUGUACUGGCGGGAGAAAGUCGUCUUGUGAUACCCGUAUUUCCAUUCUUUUUCAAUCAAGAAUACAUCUGGCUUUUGUUUUGCUCGGUGAAUUUGUAGCUUGUUCAGUUGUAAACCCAGUCAAGUAGCUCAGUCAACAGUAUCUGGUCGGGAAGGUUUGUCAAGCUAGUGGGCUAGCUUGUUAGCUUGCUUUGUGCACAUUUUGCCUGACUCGCAGUCGCAGCUUUACUUUUACCAACACAGACCAGAGCCUUUGUGCAUUUCUAGAACGAGACGCUUUGUACAGUUGAAUUGACGUUUCACGAGGUUUGAAGAUCUUCGGUAAAGUGCAAGGCAGAACAACGCCAGCGUGAACAACCUUCACCUCGUCACCUGGUGAUCAGCGGGGUUUAUAAAGAGAGGUGUCAAGCAACCCCGACUUUUACCUCGCUUUUGUCCAGAGAGAGGGUUGACUAUUCAGGACGGACCGACGACAUCCUCCGAACUCCAGUUUGCAUCGUCUUUUCCAGCUGCAAGAUCAUGGCCAAAGUACAAGUGUUGAACGUCGCUGUUUUGGACAACCCGAGUCCGUUCGGCAACCCCUUCCAGUUUGAAAUCACAUUCGAGUGCAUGGAAGAUUUGCCCGAAGAUCUGGAGUGGAAGAUCAUCUACGUGGGCUCUGCGGAGAGUGAGGAGUAUGACCAGGUUCUGGACUCUGUGCUGGUCGGACCCGUACCUGCCGGACGACACAUGUUUGUGUUCCAGGCGGACGCUCCAAACACGGGCCUGAUCCCAGAGAGUGAUGCUGUGGGCGUGACGGUGGUCCUCAUCACCUGCACCUAUCGCGGCCAAGAGUUCAUCCGCAUCGGUUACUACGUCAACAACGAGUACACAGACCCGGAGCUGAGGGAAAACCCACCUGUCAAACCAAACUACACACAGCUCCAGAGGAACAUCCUGGCGUCUAACCCGCGCGUGACCCGCUUCCACAUCAACUGGGAGGGCAGCUCGGAGAAGAUGGAGGACAGCGAGAACGUGGACCCGGCGCCCAACACCAGCUGCAGCUCCAGCUCCGCCAUGCUGCCCCCCUCAUGCCUGCCGGGCAGCGCCAAGGGGCCCCCGCCGCUUGGACUCAUGCCAGACAACUCCAUGGACUGCCUCUGAACGAACACACACACACACACACACACAUGGACACACACACACACAUGGACACACACACACGGACACACACACAUAGACACACAGCCUCUGAGAACACAAGCAUACAUGCGCGCACUCAGACCAUGCUCCCUCCCUUCCAUGGACUGCCUCUGAACACGCACCAAGGACACGCACACACGCACGCACGAAUAUAGCCCACUCUCCCUCCCCUCUACCUGGCCGCCCUGCUUGGACACAUGCCAGACAACUCCAUGGACUGCCUCUGAAUGCACGCACGUACGUGCACAUGCACCAUGGACACGCAGCCUCUGAAGGAACACACAUACAGACCGUGCUCCCUCCCUCCCUCCCUCCUAGCUAGCAGCCCUGCUUGGACUCAUGCCACCUAAGUCCAUGCCUUUGAACACGGACACACACACGGACACACACCAUGGACACAGAGCCUCUGAGAACACACACGGACAUGGUUGGAGGGACGGACGGACACACGGACAGCCUCUGAGAACAAAUACACCCACACCCCAUUUUUCAGACCUCCUGCCUCCCAUAUGCCACUCCGGUUCAUGCCCAAUAACUCCAUGGACUGCCUCUAAAGGAUCUCUCUCUCACACACACACACACACACACACACACACACACACACACACACUUUCUCAGUGAUGAAAAAGCACUAAUGCGGAGGGGGUGUUCUGUGGUGCUGCCUCCCCACCCGCCCAACACAUUGGGCUGUAGAGAAGAUUUCUACAAUGUCAACCAGCAGGUCUUUUUUUACACACACACAGACACACACACACAGACAGACAGACAGACAUCCCAGCACUUGCAAACACUUGCCACACAAUUGCUGAUGUUUUCAUGCACACCUAAACAAUCCGCACUUAGACAUGCACACGUGAGAAGCAUUACAGGAUCACACAGCUUGAUGGCAUGGCCAAUAACAACAACAACAACAACACACACACACACACACACACACACACCAGCAUUGCCUCCCAUCAUUGGAGGGCCUAUAUAUCAUAUUUGUACUGUGUGUCGGCGUGUGCACACACAUUUUAUAGGGAAUGAAGCAGCUAACCAUCCUUAAUUUUUGAAAAAUGAGUGUCCUUUUUGGUUCUUGUAUUUGUUUUUUAUGUGUGUGUAAAUAGUAUAUAUAUUGACACAAUCAGAGGCAGCCAAAAAAGUGUUCUGUUACCAUGCUCAUCGGGACCUCCUGCCAUUUGUGCUUUCCCAGGCUUUUGAUUGGCUGAGGUUCAUGAUGUGGCAGUGUUCCUUUUUCCUCAUUGGCUCUUUGUUUUUGUUUGUUUUUUUUCUUCCUGAUUCUUUUGUAAAUAUCCCCCCUUUUCUCCCCCUGUUUUCUCUUUUUCAGGUAAGAUGGUAUUUGGAUUUUGUCGUUUCUUAAAUGAUUGUUGGUCAAAAAAAGUAACGAAAAAUAAACUGAAGUACUUGUUAAAUA